AUGGAUUUUAAGUCUUUACUUAUCCACAAGGGAACCGUAGAGGAAGAACAGUACCUCAACGAAUCUUGGAUUUGCUCUCAAAUCGUGGAAGGCUCUUUGGCAUAUAGUUUUGGUUGUAAUUUCAAAUUAUUUACAAAUGUCAACAACAAGUUAGAUGAAGAUUUAAAAAUUUAUGAAAAAGAAGGAUUGAGUUUCUUUUGUCUUAAGAACAGGGGUCGGAAGCCGAAGCGGAAGCUGGAAGCUUAG